AUGGGUAUAUUUACAGUAUGUGGAGCUGAAACUGGAAGUGCACCUCCUUUAUUAAAGCCAGCCAAACUACCUGAUCCAACAAAAGGUCUCACAAAAGAAAGUGAAGUUACAGAAAAAGAGAACAAAGAUUCAGGUACAAUAUUUGGGGCAUCAUCAUCUGUAUUCAAAGAUUCAGCACCCCCUGAUAGUGGCGGAGAAAACCUUUUUCAAGCUGCUUUACAAGAACAGGCAGAAAAAAAAUUACCGGACAGUAGUUGUAGUCCAAGUAAAAGUAACAGUGCUUCUUCAUCAGGAGAGGGAGAAAAUAUCCUCGGACAAAAUCUCACAGAAAAAGUUACUGGUGUACACACCUCCCCGAAAGGUCUAGUCAGUAGCUCAGGUUUUGUUUUUGGGGAGAAUUUGGCCGAACGUGUGCAAUUUAAUCAAGAUGGUCACGAAGACAAACCGGAAGACAAUGGAGUUGCUUCCCCUGAUUCAACGGAGCAGUCAGACAGUGCAAAUAAUAUUGAGAGAGAAAAAACAUUAGAAGAGUCUGCACGUGAAUAUCAGGCCACCCAUAAACGGGAAACAGAGCUUGAGGAGGUGGAAGUGGUCACUGGGGAGGAAAACGAAUCCAAUGUAUUACAGACAAAUGGGAAAUUAUUUGUAUUCGAUGGUGACACACAGAACUGGAUAGAGCGUGGACGUGGCUUGUUGAGAUUAAAUGACAUGAGAUGUGAAUCCUCACAGACCUUUCAAUCAAGAUUAUUAAUGCGCACUCAAGGAAGUUUACGUUUAAUUCUAAACACUAAGAUAUGGCCAGGUAUGACAGUUGAGCGAGCAAGUCAAAAAAGUGUACGAGUCACGGGUACCGAUGGAGAUCAUGUUAAAGUCUUUCUAAUAAUAUCAAAUCCCAAAGAUUCAGAAAUUUGUUAAGAGCUUUAGA